AUGGAGACAGACAGAAAUGUCUUGGAAUACUUUGGAUCCAAAGAUAAUAACCAUUUGCUUCGGUAUCUUCGAGCUCGCAAGUUUAAAGUGGAAAAAGCAUUUGAACUGAUGAAAGGGCAUUUAAACUUCUGCCAAAAAUAUCCUGAACUAACAGAGAAUCUUACAUUGGAAUCAGUUCGAGAUUGUCUACUGAAUGGUUUCCCAGGAAUUCUUCCAUCAAGAGGAGAUCAGGGUGAAGUUGUGUUACUUUUUAGCAUUGGAGACUGGAGAAGAGAGAUGUUUUCCCAUGACACGGUCGUUCGUGCUUAUUUGUUUCUCCUGAAGCAUUUAUUAACCAAUGAGGAGACACAAAUGAAUGGAAUCACCAUUGUAGAAAACUUCAAGAACUACACAAUUUACCAAGCUCUAUCGAUGAAGAUUUCCGAAUUGAAGAAAAUGGCCGAAAGUGUACAGGGAACAUUUCCAGUUCGUUUUAGAGGAGCCCAUUUUAUUUAUGAACCAUGGUAUUUUAGUCACACAUUUGCACUCAUACGACCUUUCUUAAGAAAUAAACUUUUAAACAAGGUUUAUCUUUAUGGUAAAAGCCUUGAGAAAUUCUGGGAAAAGUUUGACCCAUCAAUGAUACCUCAUAAUAUUGGCGGCACUGGACCUACAUAUGAUCCUCGACCUAUGGUAGCUGCAUUGGAGAAAGCAGAAGCAAUUCUUUAA